AGUAUUGGGGAUGCUGAGCUGUAGGGCCCAGGCCCAGGGAGGGGUGGGAGUAAGGGGGGCUGCGGCAGCUGUGAGGCCAUGAGCUAGGAUGACCUCUGGACUCAGAGCAGGAUGCCUGGGGAUGUCACAUCAGCAGCAAACUGCACGGAUCUACUAGGGCCUGGAAUCCCCUCCUUUGGCAAGGCCUGGGGAUUAUGGGCCCUCUUAGGGGCUGUGACGCUGCUGCUUUUCAUCUCACUGGCUGCACACUUGUCCCAAUGGACCACUGGCCGGAGCAGGAGCCAUCCAGGGCAGGGACGCUCUGGAGGGUCUGUGGAAGAGGCCCCCCUAUAUGGGAACCUGCAUUAUCUGCAAACAGGACGGCUGUCUCAAGAACCAGGGCCAGAGCAGCAGGAACCAGCUCCUGGGGGCCCCACCAGGGCUGCAGAGGAGGUGAUGCGCUAUACCAGCCUGCAGUUGCGGCCUCCUCAGAGCCGGGUCCCCAGCCCUGGGGCCCCCAUCAAGUACUCAGAGGUGGUGCUGGACUCUGAGCCAAAGGCCCAGGCCUUGGGCCCCGAGCCGGAGCUCUAUGCCUCAGUGUGCUCCCAGACCCGCCGAGCGCGGGCUUCCUUCCCCGAUCAGGCCUAUGCCAACAGCCAGCCGGCACCCAGCUGAAGUGGAGGCCCUGGCAUGGUGGGCUUGCCUCACCCAGCCUCCCUGUGGCAGGGGUUACUGCAACCCUGGCCAGGGCAUGACUUCUACCCAACCACCCCCAAUAGCAGGAAGCCGUUGCUCUGUCACAGGUAGUCUCCCCAAGCUUCCUGAGCUUGAGGGAGACAUCUCAGGGGAAUGGCAGGCCCUCAAUUUCUUGAGGAUAGAGGAAGCACAGACAGUGUCCUCCUCCCCCAUCUCUUUUUCCCUAUCUGUUCCUCUCAGCCCCCACCCCCAACUCCCAAGUUCUCACUUCCCCCUCCUUCUGGAGUUUAACCAGAUCCUCCCCACACCUCAGCGUCUCCUCAGGCACAGGAAGUGGGUAGUGGGGGAGGCAUAGGAGCCCAAAAGGACGUGGGUGGGUAGAUUUUUCUGGGAACCCACAGAUUAGAAUGGUCCUGGUGCCCAGGAACCUAAGGAACUCAAGCCUGGCUCUAACCUGGGAACCCUGCCAAGAGAACACCAAUCUCCAUCCUACUGCCUCUGUCACAUCCCCAACUUUUCAAAUAAAACUUCUCAAAAAGUG